AUGCCGCUGCGCAUCAAGAACACCACAUCCAAAAUGGCCACCAUCAUCCCAGCAUCCCUUCAAUUCAGUCCUCCUGUUCCUCUACCCCCUCAGCCUUACCCUGUCCAGCACCCUCAGUCCCUCUACCCCCCUCAGCCUUACCCUGUCCAGCACCCUCAGUCCUACUCUAAACCCAGUAAACACCACAUUGUGAUCCAGCAGGAGGCACCACCGACAGGGUUCCCCAUGCAAUGGGCUGCUGGAGUCGCCACGGCUGGGCUCCAUUUCAGGGCCCCAGUGGGCCUUCAAACUUCCAGAACAAGCCCUGCCAUGCCGGAUACCAAGGGAUGGAGAAUAGUACAGGAUGUGGCGGGGGAGGAUCAGGGGAGGGUGGCCAGUGCAGCGACUAGCACUGAAGGAGGGAGCAGUGUGGGACACAGACAGAAGAGAGAGAAGAGCAGCGAUUUGGCACAUGAGCUCGACAUCAAACCAGUGCGUCUGUCGAGUGGACAUGGAGAGAGCAGUGAGAGUAGCAGAACCUCCAGUCAGGCCAGUAAAGACAGUGUCAGUAGCAGGGAGAGGAGGAAGAGGAAGGAGAAGAAUGGAGGAAGAGCAGGACAGAGCGCAACAGACAGGUCCUCUGCAGGAUCCGGGGAGGUGGUUAUUCCUGAGGCUUCAGUAUCUUCUGCCUCUGUGGUCCAAAGCUCAGAGAAUGAUGGGACAUCGGUGGUAGGGAGAAACAGGAGCAGAAUGAGUAGGGGACUGGCUAACCUAUUCAGUGCAGAGGAGUCAGGAAGUCAUAGAGACGAAUCAGGGAGUGAUAAGGAGUGGUCGCUGAGUCAAAAGGAGGAAUCAAGUCAAAUUCAAGAAUCAGGGAGUCAUAGGGCAAAGGCAGUGGGUCACAUGGAGGAAUCAGUGAGUCAUAGGGUAGAGGCUGUGAGUCAAAUGGAAGAGUCAAGAAGUCAAAUGCAGGCAUCAAUGAUUAAAAAGGAGUCAGUGAGUCAUAGGGAGGAAGUAGCCAGUGAGAAAGAAGUAGGAGAUAAUGCCAUGGAGGCCACAGAGGGAGAAGAGGAGAGUCUGGUUGGACUCAGUGCGGAGGAGGGAGCAACAGGAGAAGAAGAGAUUCUAGUUGGACUCAGUGUGGAGGAGGGAGCAACAGGAGAAGAGGAGAGUCUGGUUGGACUCAGUGAGGAGGGGGGAGCAACAGGAGAAGAGGAGAGUCUGGUUGGACUCAGUGUGGAGGGGGGAGCAACAGGAGAAGAGGAGAAGGAAAUUAAACAUGACAGAGAGGAGGGGAGGGAAACAAAGGAAGAAGAGGGAAUGGGAGAACAUGAAGGCGAAAAAGAGCAAGGAGAAGAUCAGGAUGAAGGCAAUGAGGCACAACAGAGAGACAGAGAAGAAGGAGAGGAGGAGGAGGAAGAGGAAGAAGUUCAACCAGAGAGUGAGAGCGUUUCUAUAAGGGAGCACACUGCAAAGGAUGAGGAAGACAGGGAGAGGGGAGAGGAGGAAGCAGAGGAGUCACAGGACUCAGAAGGGCAGGUAGAGCGCGAGGAGGUGGAAUGGGGUGAUAGAGGCAUGGAGGAAGAGAGCGAGAACGAAAGAGAGGAAUCACACACUUCUCAGAACGGAGAGAUAGAAGAGGAGGAUGUGGGAGUUGGGGAUGAAAGAGAUGAUAAUGAGGAGGGGUCAGAAGGUGAAGAAGAUGGUGGCGAGGAAGAGGAAGAGGAGCAGCGUUGUCAGGAUGCUGAGGAAGACUCAGCAGCAGGGCAACCUGAGGAUGAAGAGGAGAGAGACUCUGACGACAGCAUCAUCUCACCACCAGAACACAGGUCAUCCAAAUGCCUGGCAGAGGUAGCGGAAGAGGAGGAGGAAGAAGUGAUUGGUGAUAAUGAUGAAAAUGAUGAUGGUGAAGAUGAUGAAGAUGACAAAGUGAAAGGGUAUUCAUGGUCUGUGGAUCCCUUUCCAGAUGAGGAUGAUGAUAUUGAAAGUCUUCUCGCUCCACAAGCAAAGUCUCAGGAAAAACAAGAGAAAGAAGAAAAGAAGAAGACAGUGGUCCUUGUCAAACCCAAAGCCAUAUAUGAAGACUUGGACAGUUUCUCUGAAGUUAAAGCACUUCACAAAAAGAAAGGGGCUAAUCAGGACACAGACUCAGAAGAGUUUGAUCACUUCUACGACUGACAAGCCUUGUGUUCCAGCUCACCUAAAACCUCAACAAGAUAUGAGUGACUGCAAUUCUAAUGCCAGACUUCUAAAUCCACAACACUUGAACAUGAAAUCCACAACACUUGAACAUGAAAUGAACAUCCCUUAUCUAAUGUCAAGAUGCACCGAAUGUAAAUCAUUAGCAUUUUAUUAAAAAGAGAAUAUUGAAAAUGCUGUUUUGAGAUUGAGAUAUAAUU